AUGUCGACGACACGAGCACUAUUCCGCACAGCACGCCUCUCUCCCAUCUCCUCCACCCGGCCCUUCACGACCACCCGCACUCGCUUCGCCGACAACGUGAACCCACGUUCCCACGACAAUGCGGACGCAUGGCGCAAGUCGCAGACCGAGAAGCCUCUUAAUCCGCACAUGACCAACACCAACAGUACCAUCUCCAACGAGAUGCCCAGCAUCGGCAGAGACGCACCUCCACCGGAGAUGAUCACGAGCGCCGACCCCGACUUCACCCCGAAGGACAGUCAUCCCGAGAACACGGAACGCAUGACGGGCGGCACCCAGAAGCCCGCGCCAGACAGUGGGCCCAACUCUGAGCUCGAUGUAGGUGAAAUCGAAGGCGGCACCUUCCGCGUCGAGCCUCUUCGCCGCACCGGUGAGGACGCGAACACGAUGCGUGCCCAGUCUGACCUGCUCCUCUCCACAUUCGCCGACACUCAUUUGGCGCAUAUGACGCCCAAGCAGUUGCAGCAAUAUGAUUUGUUUCUGGACGAGAACGAUUGGGAUAUCUAUUAUUGGGCGACGCAGGAGCCCACCCCUACUUCGAUGGCGUAUGCGGAGGGUGCGGGUUCGGCGUUUGCGAGUCCGGAGGCGCAGGGGAGUACCCACCCGGACACUACGAAGAAGCCAGAGGAUGAGAAAGUGCGGAAGCCUGCGACGGGAGAGUGGGCGCAGACGGUGGGGACUUUCAAGCCGGCAUAUAGGCCGGUGCCGACACGGUGGAAGAACAGUGAGAUUCUGUCAAUGCUGAGGAAGCAUGUGAUUGAUAAGAGUGCGGGAGGCGUGCAUGUGUCUGAAGGCGAGAAGAUGAGUAAGAAAGGAUCCGGGGGCGGUAUGGGUUUCAUGCCGGAGCUGAAGAACUUUGACAUCUAG